GACCAACGUUCCCCAGUCGGGUUCAGGGUUUCGGAGCAGUCAGGGUUAAUUUCCGCCCAGCGGUUCAUGUUAAGUAGCUCUCAACUUUUCCUCCGUCGACAGUCGUCGCCAUGUCCAACAAUAAUGCAAGCAACAACUUAAUCAUCGCUCAAAGGGCUGUGAAGCAGCUCCGGCUAGAGGCCAGUAUCCGGAGGAUCAAGGUGUCCCAGGCGGCAGCCGAGCUCAGGAACUUCUGUCUUCAAAAUGCCUCCAAGGACCCUCUCCUGGUGGGGGUCCCCUCCAGUGAUAAUCCCUUCAGACCCCCCAAAUCCUGCUCCCUUUUCUAAGCAGAGAGAACCGUGGAGGAUUUCUGAAUUUAUCUGUCGAUGGCUUUCUCCACUCCCACUUGAAGUCGAUGGGGAUUGACCAGCUGCUCCUCUUGGGAAAAUGCAACAUGGGACUGAUGGGUUUGGGGAACUUUUCCACUUGUUUGCCAAAAUGAAUGGUAUAAUAACUACAAUCUGUUACACUAAUGCAGGGCCAAACUCUACAUGUCAGAAAACAAAAAUAUUAUGACACUAACUUGACUAAUGAUUAAGCCUUUCUUAGUUCAUCCACUACUUUACAUGUCUGGUUUGGAUUUACUGCACUAAUAGUGUCUGUCUCCAGGCAGUAAAACUCAGCCGUUAUGAUUGGCUGCUGAAUAAAAAUUCCUCUUGUGUUGUGUGGCAGAUGGAGCAACUAUCAAACAUUAAUUUAAACCAGGUGCUGUUAAUGAAUAUUAUAUAUGAACUGCGUUUCAUAUUGUGGCCAAAUGACAUAAUGUUAGCUUUUGAGCUAAACUUAACAGUGUCUUAAACUAUUUAUGUAUUAAUGGUGUUACUAUUUGGAGGUACAACAAGCGGUACAAACUCAUCAGUGCAGAUAUGGGACUGUCUGAUAACCUUUAAUCUUGUCUUCUGUAGAUACUUAACAGCCUUAAGACUGAUUUUUAUUAGGCCUACCUUUACUUUCAAGUCUAUAAAGACUCUGUGACGAGUUUUUAACUGGUUACGAAAUAGAAUGAAAUUAAUGCUGAUGCCUUUUUAUGACCCACAAAACCCACUGUCACCAACAGUGACAAGACUGACCACAUCUAUGUAUUCAUUUUUAAUGGCUGAAACUUCUGCCCCAGGGUAGGUGUAAACAAAGUGAUAUAGUGCACUCUAAACAAAACAGCCUGUUUCAAGUUUUCCUCAGGAAAUAUUCAAAGCGAGUGAUAUAAUAGUUGGCAUAAAGCAGGGUGAUAUCUUUGUCUGAAAAUUCUGCUUACACAUGUACAAAAUAAGAUCAGCGGGAAAAUACAAGAGGUACAGUUUUGUCCACAGGGGGGCGCCAAAAUUGACACAAACCAAAAGUUCCUCACAGGAGCUUUAAUGUAUAAAAGAAAUGUCAUGGUCUUUAAGUAUGUAAGAAAUGAAACCUGGUAGUACAUUAAUAUAUAUCAUAAUAUAUACACACAACAGGCAAAAUCACACUUGUUCCAAUAUAAUUAAAAAAUCUAAAUAUUUCUGAGUGAAUAAUGCUGCAGUGACUUGUUGCAUUCAUUGUUUUUCACGCUGGACUCAGAUUCCAAUCAACUUAACUUUUAACAAGUUAGCCUGCCUCUUUCCUACCUUUGCUACUGUUGGCAACCUUUAAGAAAUUAAAUACUUAUUUUGGACACUGAAGAAGUGCUGUUUGUGAUUUCUGACUAUGAAUUGAACUCUUCCAUUUGUCUUUUUGAAUUACUAAAUAAACUUGUUUCAAUCUGA